AUGCAGGUUCUCUAUAAUGAUAUGGGUCACAGAAUCACAGAUGGAGAUGAGAUCGCUAAGGAAUUUGUUUCAUAUUACAAGAAUCUCAUGGGAAAGGCAAAGGUUACUUCUAAACCUAAUUUUAACAUUAUUCAAUCAGGUCCUUGUCUGUCAAAUGCUCAAGCCAGUUUGCUCUCUAACCCUGUCACCAAGGAAGAAAUCAGAAAAGCUAUUUUCUCCAUGUAUGAAAAUAAAUCUCCAGGUCCUGAUGGGUAUGGAUUUUCUUUCUUCAAAUCAGCUUGGUCAAUUGUGGGAAAUGAUGUUACUCUGGCAAUUGAAGAAUUUUUUAAAUCUGGAAAGCUUCUAGGGGUGGUUAAUUCAACUUCAAUCACUCUAAUACCAAAGGUGAAGUGCCCUAAAACCCCUGCAAAUUUUAGGCCCAUCUCAUGCUAUAUGCUCAAGGGUUUGAAAUUUCCAGAGUUUAUGAUUAACAGAAUUAUGGCUUGUGUUACUAGUCCAAAAUACUCUAUCUCUCUUCAUGGAUCUCUUCAUGGAUAUUUCAAAGGAGAGAGAGGCCUUAGGCAGGGUGACCCUCUUUCCCCAUAUCUCUUUAUUUUGGGUAUGGAAUAUCUGUCUAGAAGCUUGAAUAUCCUCAAGAAUGACAGCCAGUUUAGAUAUCAUCCCAAGUGUGGAAAAAUGAAGCUUACUCAUCUCAUUUUUGCCGAUGAUUUGCUGUUAUUUGGGAGAGGAGAUUUAUAUUCAAUCCAGAAAUUGUAUCAAUGUGUUAGGAAGUUUGGUGAAACUACUGGCUUGGAAGCAAAUCAAGAUAAAUGUUCUGUUUUCUUUGGUGGAGUAAAUGAAACAGUUAAAAAUGAUAUUAUUAAUCUCUUGGGAUUCAAAGAAGGCUCUUUUCCUAUCAGAUAUUUGGGUGUGCCUCUCAUCUGCAAAAAGCUUUCAUAUGUGGACUGCAAUGCACUCAUUAAUCAAGUGUCUAACCAGUUUCAAACCUGGAUAAAACAUAGGAAACUUUCCUAUGCAGGCAGACUGGAAGUUAUCAGGAGUGUAAUUCUGGGGAUUCAAGUGUUCUGGACUUCUAAUUAUGUCUUGCCUAUCAAAGUUACCAGAAAAAUUGAUGAAAUGUGCAGAAGCUUUUUAUGGGGAAAUUCUAAAUCACCCCUUGUUGCCUGGGAAUCAGUGUGCUUGGGAAGAAAGCAGGGAGGUCUUGGGGUAUUCUCAGCCACUACUUGGAACCUGGCAGCUUCAUUAAAACUCUUAUGGGUCAUUCACAUUAAUAAAGAAUCCCUUUGGAUUAAAUGGAUACAUGGUAACUACUUAAAACAAAGGGACAUUUGGAAUGUAAGUCCUAAGAUUGGUGAUUCCUGGAUGUGGAAACAAAUAUUGAAGAAGAGAGAUAAGGCUAUGUCUAUUUGUGGAGGGUGUGAUAACCUGUUGGAGCUCCUGAACUCUUGCUUGAGCAAUUCAAAACCUCGGUUAUCUACUCUGUAUCAUUUCUUCUCCCCAGUUUCUCAAAGAGUGCCUUGGCAUGACACUAUAUGGGAUAAAAUGAGCUAUCCAAAACACACUUUCAUAUUCUGGCUUGCUGUGCAAAAUCGACUGCUUACGCAAGAUAGAUUGAUGAGGAGGGGAGUCAUAGAUACAAAUGUUUGCAGAUUGUGUUCAGCUGAAAGCUUAGAAAGUCGAAACCAUCUUUUUUUUGAGUGUGGGUUUUCCAGUGAAGUUUGGAAUUGCGUCAUGAAUUGGUUAAAAUUCACCUGGAAAUCUUGUGACUGGAGAAUCCUAUUGGAAUGGUUUUGCACUGGACUAAGGGGUAAAGGAUUCAAGCAUGGUAUCAAACGUAUGGCUCUUGCUGCAACUAUAUACAGGAUCUGGGUUGAAAGAAAUGCUCGGAUUUUCCAACAAAAGAAAAAGAGUAUGGAGUGUUUGAUUAAGGAUAUUAAGAUGGAUAUUCUUAUGUCCAAUCUUAAUGCACCAAUAUCGGAUGAGAAUAAGGAGUGGUUAUGCUCCCUAUAA